GACUCCGAUAUUGAGGAAUCCUACCUCAAAGGCAGCGGGCCGGGUGGUCAGAAGAUUAACAAGACGAGCUCGGCCGUGCAGCUCAAACACAUACCCACUGGCAUUGUCGUCAAGUCCCAAGCAACCCGAUCCCGGUCCCAGAACCGCAAGAUUGCCCGCGAAAUCUUGGCCGAGAAGAUUGACAACUUGCAGAAUGGCGACCAGAGUCGUGCCGCCAUUGUCGGCGAUGUGAAGCGCAAAAAGGCCGCCAGUGCAUCCAAGAAGAGCAAGAGAAAAUACCGUCAGCUCGAGGAAGAAAAAGAAAAUGAUGAG